AUGCUGUCCUCAGUCGUUUUCCGACUGACUCCUGGCGAAGACCUGACGCACGUCACUGCUGCUGAAGGCAGUGGCGGCGGAUUGGCGGGAGCUGAGGGUGGUGGUGCUGCGAUGAACACCCCGCCCUUACCCGCCUCCCUUCGUUGUCCCCGCUUCACCCCCAACCCCUCUUUCGUCUCCUCCCCCCCAACAGGCACGUCGCUGCUGCUCAAGGCGAUGGCAGCAGAGAGGCCAGAGCUGCGGGUGGUGGUGCUGCGCCGCAACUUUGGCCAGACGGCCGCCAUGGCUGCUGGCUUCGACUACGCUGCAGGUGACUUCAUAGUGACGUUGGACGGCGAUCUGCAGAACGACCCGUCAGACAUUCCGCGGCUGCUGCGCCUGCUGCUGCUGGGCCGCAAGGGCGCCGUGGGGCAGGAGGCGGGGGCGCGGUGGGUGGCGGGCAGGGAGCGUGACGGCGGCGGGUAUGACAUGGUGUGCGGGUGGCGGCGCGCGCGGAGAGACGACUUCCUCUCGCGCAACCUGCCCUCUGCUGUGGCGAAUCUGCUCAUUGGGGCCGUCACCGGGGUGCGGCUGCACGACUAUGGGUGCAGUCUGAAGGCGUAUCGCGGGUCGCUGGUGCGCUCCAUGCGCCUCUACGGCGAGCUGCACCGCUUCCUGCCUGCCCUCGCCGCCAUGGAAGGCGCCUCCAUCUCCGAGCUCGAGGUGCAGCACCAUCCACGGCAAGUGGGAGUGUCAAAGUACAAUCUCUCUCGCACGCCCCGUGUGCUCGUGGAUCUGCUCACUGUCGCCUUCCUCACGCGCUUCCGAGACCGCCCCAUGCACUUCUUCGGUCCCCUCGCCGCCCUCACGCUCCUCGCUGCCGCCGUCUUUUUUGUCCUCUUCUGCGCGGCGGCGCUCAAGGCGGCUGCAGCCUACGGGGUGGGCAUGGCUAUGGUGGUGGGAGCAGCACACCUGGUGGCGUCUCUUGAGUUUGUUGUUGCUGGAUUCGUUCUGUUUGGGCUAGGCCUGGUGGCGGAGCUGUGCAUGAGGACGUACUACGAGGCUCAAGGAAGAUCUGUGUACCGAGUGAGAGAGGUUGCCAACUGA